UUUUCAGGAAAGAAAUACUUGCUAGCUCUGCAGUUAGUGAGAUUUGUUUCUCUCUUAAAAUAUGGGAAUGAAACUGACGAAAAUCCCUCCAAAAGAGAUGGAGAUGGCCUCCACUUGCAGCAUCGAUCGUGUCUUACCUGGUCUAGAGUUAAUUCUGAAAACCUCCCGAGACAGUUAUGUUCUUUGCGAUGUUCGUGAUGCAAUCAAAGACAUGAAAUUUCUCAAAACAUUUCUUAUGUGUGCUAGAAAGUGGAGCCAAAGCAAUGAUUUUUACUUGGAAUCUGACAAUGUUGUGAAGAAGGCGAGUCUUCCAUCUUUCUUAUCUUGCAUCGAAGAUACCUUUCACAAAUAUGAGGAGGAUAUUCACUCUCUUUCCCUUAGAUCAGAAAUUGAGAACUAUACUAUUGGUAGUUAUGAUAGCAUGUUCAGGGAACUUGAGAAACAGAUCAAAUCACUGAAGCAAGAAAUCAUCCAAAUUUACUUUGCUUUGGCAAGCAGCAGGUCAUUUCAAUCAAAUUCUUGUAUGACAGAUGAUGAACUGUUGGAAUUCAUAGACCUCAUCCUCCAAAAUCUAGCAGAUUUGACAAAUGACGAUAUGGAUUGGCAUAUUAGUGAUUAUGGUCCUUUGAGUGCUCAAGUCCAAGAUCUUGAAGCAAAGCUGACAUUCUUGAAAAGCUUCAUUCCCUUUGCCAAAAUGCGAGGAACCGCAGAUAUUCCUGCCUUACUAUUGGCUCAGUUUGAAGUGGUGGCUUUGACCGCAGCACGCCUCUCUUACAUGUGGUCCUUUUGGGAUGAUUUUGAGGCAAUUCACAAUCCUGGUUAUACUACAGAAGUACUUGCAGCUUCGAACUCCUCAGCAUCAGAGCGGUUGAUUUUCAUGUCUACGAGAUUUAUAAUGAAGUACUCCUCAGCAUCAUUACAUACAGCAGUGAUGGAUGAGCAGAUAUUGAACAACUUCAAUGAUUCUCUGAUAAGUCGUCUCUGGGAGUUGUUAUGCUGCAGCUCUAGCUUUGUGGAUUCUAUGAAAGAUGAAAUGCGAAUACUCUAUGCAGGACUGAGGUUUUUGAGAAGCAUUUUAAGGGAGCAUCAUGAGAUGAUGGAUGAACAAAAUGAAAAAAUUGGAGCUCUCCUUGGUGAGGCAGGCAUUUUAAUAUUCUCGCCCACUCUGAGCAGAGUGAUAGAAGGAGAAGUUAGCUUCUCAGGAUCCACCCAGGUUCUUGAUUUUUGUGAUAUGCUGGCCAAUACCAACAUCCAUAUCAAGCAUUUUAAGGAUCAGAUCAGUGUCUCAAGUACUAUAGAGAGUCUUCCUAAUUCCUCUCAUAGCUUAAGGGCACCAGAAGUUAGCCAGACUUCCAGCCGCAUGCUAUCAAAAGGUAAAAUGCCAAUAGACCAUGAAGUCAUGGUUGGUCCCGAUGAUGAGAAUGAAAAAGUAAUUGAAACACUUAUCAAGGAUUUUGAGGAUCGGCUCAGUGUCUCAAGUACCAUACAGCUCUCCUUGGUGAGGCAGGCAUUUUAAUAUUCUCGGCCCACUCUGAGCAGAGUGAUAGAAGGAGAAGUUAGCUUCUCAGGAUCCACCCAGGUUCUUGAUUUUUGUGAUAUGCUGGCCAAUACCAACAUCCAUAUCAAGCAUUUUAAGGAUCAGAUCAGUGUCUCAAGUACUAUAGAGAGUUCCUAAUUCCUCUCAUAGCUUAAGAGCACCAGAAAUUAGCCAGACUUCCAGCCGCAUGCUAUCAAAAGGUAAAAUGCCAAUAGACCAUGAAGUCAUGGUUGGUCCCGAUGAUGAGAAUGAAAAAGUAAUUGAAACACUUAUCAAGGAUUUUGAGGAUCGGCUCAGUGUCUCAAGUACCAUACAGAGUCUUCCUAAUUCCUCUCAUAGCUUAAGAGCACCAGAAGUUAGCCAGACUUCUAGCCGCAUGCUAUCACAAGGUAAAAUGCCAAUAGCUCGUGAAAUCAUGGUUGGUCUUGAUGAUGAGGCAGCAAAAGUAAUUGAACGACUUGUAAGGGGAUCAAAACAGGUGGAAAUUGUUCCCAUUGUGGGAAUGGCUGGGCUUGGUAAGUCGACUUUAGCCAAAAAAGUUUACAAUAAUAGUUCAGUAACCUGUCACUUCCCCAUUCGUCUUUGGUGCACUGUUUCUCAAGAAUUUAACAAGAAAAGCUUGUUAAUACAAAUUUUGUGCUCCGAUGAAGAGCAGUCUGGGAUGGAUGAAGAGCUUAAAAACUUGGAUGAACAUGAAUUACUUGACAAGCUCUACAAAAGCUGAAGCGGAAGAGGUAUCUUGUUGUUUUUGAUGAUGUCUGGGACAUUAAGGUAUGGAAUGAGCUGAGAAUUUCAUUCCCAGAUGGCAAAAACCAAAGUAGAAUCAUCUUCACUAGUCGAUCUUCUAAUGUAGCUUCACAGGUUCAAUAUGGUGGAGAACCUCACAAGAUUCGCCGCCUUACUGUCGAAGAGAGUUUCGAAUUGCUGCAGAAGAAGGUGUUUGGAGAAGAAGAAGAAUGUUCUCAAGCAUUGCAUGGAUGGGGCAUGGAGAUUGUCAAAAAGUGCUGGGGAUUGCCACUUGCACUUGUUGUUGUAGCUGGAGUCCAAGCAACUAUAGAGCAUGAUAUUUGUGUUUGGGAAGAAUUUGCUGAAAGUUUAACUUCAACCACCGUGUCUGAUGCAGAACAAUGCAAAAGGUCGAUGGAGCUUAGUUAUGAGCAUCUCCCAUAUCACUUGAAGGCAUGCUUGCUGUAUUUUGCUGCAUUUCGAGAAGAUGAAAAAAUUGGUGCCAAGAAGUUGAUGUGUCUCUGGAUUGCAGAAGGGUUUGUGGAAAUAAUUGAAGGAAAGAGAUUAGAGGAUAUUGCAGAAGAAUAUCUGAUGGACCUAAUUGGCCGAAACCUAGUUAUGGUAGGUAAGAACAGAUCCAUUGGUGGAGUCAAAACUUGUUACAUUCACGAUUUGAUAAUUGAGUUCUGUAAGGGCGAGGCGAAAGAAAAGAAUUUCCUUCAGGUCCUGCGAGGAUAUGAAUAUAUGAUGAGCUUUCUACCUUUAAUGAGCCUCCCAACCUACCUCGGUUGUCCAUUUGCUCCAGUGGAGAAGAUUUUAUAAAGUCAAAGCUAUUUUGUCCAUAUUUAGGUACUCUGCUAUUCUUUGGUGCUACUCCAGGAUGUGAGUUUGACUUGCUUAAUAUCUCCUUCCUUUUUUGCAUCUACAAACAUCUUAACGUUUUGAAUUUAGAGGGCAUUAACCUAAGGCUGAAGGAGCUUCCAACUGAAGUCGAAUCACUUCUUGGUUUGAGGUACGUAGCCCUUACAGCUCGGCACAUGAAAUUCAUUCCACCAUCUGUAGCCAAGCUCUCACAUUUGGAAACCUUUUGUCUAUAUUCCACCUCGGUUGUUUCAUUGCCAGAUAGCAUCUGGAACAUGAAGAAGUUGAGGCAUGUCUGUUUGAGGGGUGGCGUUGUUAUUGGUCUUUCUUCCAACGACAACGGUGUUGAAAACCUCUCCACUUUACCCAAUUUAGACACGCUCCUUGUUUGUAUCUUUAUGAAGAGGGAGAGAACUUAUUGAGAAGGAUUCCCAACGUUCGCAGACUUAAAAUUUCCGAUCGUCAGACUGGAAAUGGAGUGUUGAACAUGAGGCAACUAGAAUGCCUAGAAUCACUCACCUGGCGGGGCAAUUACUCCUCAGAUUCACGGGAACAUGUUGAGCUUUCCUUUCCCAAGAAUUUGAAGAAGUUGAGUCUUGAAGCUCUGGGUCUUCCCUGUGGUAAAAUGUCAUUGAUUGAACAACUACCCAACCUUGAAGUCCUCAAGUUAAGAUGGCUGUCAACAACUACCCAACCUUGAAGUCCUCAAGUUAAGAUGGCUGUCAAUGGACGGCCAAAGAUGGGAGCUGAUGGAAGGAGGAUUCCCUAAACUCAGGGUCUUGACUUUGGAAUAUGUAAAAGUUGCGGAGUGGAUAGAGGCAGACCCUAACAGUGAUGGUUAUUACUUCCCGUGUCUUCAGCAAUUAAAACUGGACGGAAUUUCUAAAUUGAAAAUGAUGCCUGCUUGUUUAGGGUUUAUUCCAACUCUUGAAACAAUUCAGUUGAAGGUUUGUGGAGAUGGUGUCAAAUCUUUAGUACGGGAAAUUGAAGAAGCACAGAAAGAUUUUGGAAAUGAGAAUCUGAAGAUCAUUAUGUAAAAUAUUGAAGGGCAUCAGCUGGUGCAAUAUCUGGGAGUGCUGCGGCGGUUUUCCUCUUCAAAUUGUAAUUGAUCAUCUGCGUGGUCUGACUUUCUUUGGUGCUUUUGUGGAAGAUUAAGGUUUACGGUAAAAAUUGCAAUGGGGAUUGCAAAAGGCAUUACGUGGCUUGCUCCAUAUUCUUGGGUUUGGAUUUAGGAUAUCCAACUUCGAGAUUUGCUAAAUUUUCAGAAUCAUAUUUUACUUCUUCAAGCUGGAGAAUUUUUGCAAAGAAUGAAGUAUGGGACUUUAAGUUCCUUUAAGAAGGAUGUCUGCAACUUCAAAAUGUUCUGAUUAUAAUUUCAUAUUCCUCUUUGUUUAGUAAGACCCUUCGCCAGUCACUUCCUUUGAAAUUGUAACUUUUCUGUUAAUGUUGCCAUCAUAUACCAAUUGUUUUUGCAGUGGAGAUUCUUUAGCAGAUUAGGUCCCAUGGUUAUGGCAGUGCAUCAAAGAGCCAGUACCUGCUUCAAAAGAUGCUCAUUUUCUGCGUUGCUGUUCAGAAACGUCAUCUACAAAGGGAAGAAAACUUUGGGAGACUUUACCAAGUCUUUGCUGAUUGAGGGAUCAGUCACCUUUUCUCCAGUCUUUCCCCAAAUUCCCAUACAAUUUCCAUAAAGACUUACCAAAAGUCUUCGAUCUUUACUGUCCAAUAAUGGUACUAUUCGAGACUUUUUCUAUUUCUGCUUAAUUUCCUCGUCAUUCCAGCUUCACAGAUUGGAAACAAAAAAAUUCCAAGAAGAAUUCCACUGAAUCUCAGCGUCAUUCCUCUUGAUUCUUUGUUUAUAUUUUGAAGUACCUGGAACCCUCUUCAGCUACAUCAAACCCCAUUGAUCUGACUUCCUGAAAACAAUUCCCCAAGGGCAUAAACUUUUCAACAGUCAGCCAUGCCUUCAAACAUCCAAAUACCAUCAACUAAAGCAAUCAUCUCUGCUGCUGCCUCUGUAACUGCCACAGCCAUGCUUAUUAGGUCCUUCGCCAAUGAUAUCAUCCCCCAGGAGUUCAGACACUUCUUCUUCACCAAAGUUCACCAGCUUUUCACAGCAUUCUCCAAUGAAGUCAUCUUAGCCAUCGAUGAAUUCGAUGGCCUCGGCCAAAAUCAACUCUUCAAGGCUGUAGAAGUUUACUUGGGAUCCAUUCUAAGUCCGUCCACCAAAAGGCUUCGAGCCACGUUGCCUCAAA